AUUCUAAGUCCAGUACAAAGUAUUCACUUGGCCUGCACUGCUUUUCUAUGAUCUCUCGAGCAGUAAAAGUUUGACACUGGUAAUCACUUCAAGCCAAGCAUCAACAACUAGAACUGACUCAUAAGCUAUCAGUAGUUCAAUGAUGGACUCAAAUCAACAGUUGAAAAAGACAGCAGAAGUGACACCUCCAAAGGAAAGGGAAACUAAAUGCUGCAAUGGAUUCAAGAUGUUCUUAGUAGCCCUGUCAUUCAGCUUUAUGUGUAAGGCACUAGGUGGAGUUGUUAUGAAAAGUUCCAUCACUCAAAUUGAAAGGAGAUUUGACAUAUCAUCUUCUAUUUCUGGCUUAAUUGAUGGAGGCUUUGAAAUUGGGAAUUUGCUUGUAAUUGUAUUCGUGAGUUACUUUGGAUCCAAACUACACAGACCAAAGAUAAUUGGAAUCGGUUGCUUCAUUAUGGGAACUGGAAGUAUUUUGACUGCUUUACCACAUUUCUUUAUGGGAUAUUACAGGUAUUCUAAAGAAACUCAUAUUAAUCCAUCAGAAAAUUUAACAUCAAGCUUCCCAACCUGUUUACUUGGUCAAAAUUUGUUACUCAAUAGAACAUCACCUGAGAUAGUAGAAAAAGGUUGUGAAAAGGAAUCUGGGUCAUAUAUAUGGUUAUAUGUUCUGCUGGGUAAUAUGCUCCGUGGAAUUGGGGAAACCCCCAUAGUACCUUUGGGGAUUUCUUACAUUGACGAUUUUGCUGAAGAAGGACAUUCUUCUUUUUAUUUAGGUACUUUGCAUGCAAUAUCAAUGAUUGGUCCAAUCAUUGGCUUUAUACAGGGAUCUGUGUUUGCGAAAAUGUACGUGGAUAUUGGCUAUGUAGAUCUCAGCGAUAUCAGAAUAACUCCUAAGGACUCCCGUUGGGUUGGUGCUUGGUGGCUUGGUUUCCUUGUGGCUGGAAUAUUAUCUAUUAUGUCUUCCAUACCAUUCUUUUUCCUGCCCAGAGAUCUGAAUAAACCACAACAAGAAAAGAAAAACUUAACAUCUUUGCAUUUGCUCAAAACAAAUGAGGAAAGGAGUCAAAUGACUAAUGUGACGAACCAUGGACAAAGUCUUAGUGGAAAUAUCACUGGUUUUUUCCAGUCUUUGAAAAGCAUCCUUACCAAUCCCCUAUAUGUUAUAUUACAGUUUUUGACAUUACUGUUAGCCAGCAGCCAUAUUGGUGCUAUUACUUACGUCUUCAAAUAUGUAGAGCAACAGUAUGGUCAGUCAGCAUCUGAGGCUAACAUUUGGCUUGGAACCAUAACCUUACCAACUGUUGCAACUGGAAUAUUUGUAGGAGGAUAUGUCACUAAAAAAUUCAAACUUACCUUGCUUGGAAUUGCCAAAUUAUCAUUUUGUACCAGUCUAUUGUCCUUCUUAUUUCAACUAUUAACUUUUGCACUAAUUUGUGAAAGCAAACCAGUUGCUGGCCUAACCUUAACUUAUGAUGGAAAUAAUCCAGUGACAUCUCCCAUAAAUGUACCACUUUCUUAUUGUAACUCAAACUGCAAUUGUGAUGAAAAUGACUGGGAACCAGUCUGUGGAGACAGUGGGAUAACUUACAUGUCACCUUGUCUAGCAGGAUGCAAAUCUUCAAGUGGCAGUAAAAAGUCUAUGGUGUUUCAUAACUGUAGUUGUGUGGAAGUAACAGGUGUCCAGAACAAAAAUAAUUCGGUGAACUUAGGUGAAUGCCCAAGAGAUAGUCAAUGUAGAAAAAAAUUUUAUAUUUAUGCACUGGUGCAAGUCUUGAAUUAUUUUUUCUCUUCAUUGGGAAGCAUCCCAACUAUCAUGCUGGUUUUUAAAAAUGUUCAACCUGAACUGAAAUCCCUUGCGGUGGGUUUCCAUUCACUAACUAUACGAGCAUUAGGAGGAAUUCCAGCUCCUAUAUAUUUUGGGGCUCUGAUUGAUAGAGCAUGUAUGAAGUGGUCGACCAGCAGCUGUGGGAAGCCAGGGUUUUGCAGGAUGUAUAAUUCUACAUUAUAUGGAAAUACCUUCUUGAGCUUGAUUGAGAGCUUAAAAUUUGCCUCACUUACUUUACAUGCUGUAUUAAUUAUCACUAUGAAGAAAAUAUAUCAAGGAAAAGAUACCAAGGCAUCAGAAAAUGGAAGAAAAGAUACGAAUGAAGCAAAUUUAGAAUCCUUAAAUAACGACGGAUAUUUUGUACCUUCUGCCAGAGAAGACAAUGAGACACAUAUGUAAGGGGAGAAAAAACAAUUAGGUUGCCAUGUUUCAAACCAACAUUAUAUUAAUUUAGUAGGAUGGUAUUUUGAGCAGUUCUUGGUCCUUCAUUAACAGUUCCCCCACCGUUAUGAUGGUACAGUGAAUCACUAUAAAUUUGAGGUAAUGAAACAGACUAUAAAUGAAAAGGAAUGACAGUAUGCAUUGCUUAUGGCAUGGCUCUGCCUUUGACGUGAAGAUUAGGACACAUGAUCCAUACAAAUUUAAAGUGAGAGGUAUGGUCAUUAUAUAAUAAAAGAAAAAAAUAUUUGCUCAGUUACCUGAAUAAAACCAGUGACUAGAAAAUGGAUAGAAGGGAAAAAAGGGAGGAGAGAAAUUUAUAACCUAAAUAAGGAGAAAAGCCUAAUACCUUUUCUUAAAGCCAGUUUGGCCCAAGCAUGAAGUCAGUAUGAUGGGAUCUUUAUACUAACAUGAUAUCUGUUAUUCAUGUAUUAAGUCAUUAAGUCAAGUCAAGUCAUGUAUUAAGUCAGACCUUAUUAAUUUUUAAUUUGAAAUUGUGUUUGACAAGGAAUCCAUGAUGAAUCUUCUUCCAACCUUUCAUUAAAAUACUAGUGAAAAAAUAGACAUAAUUCAGAAUUUGCAAGAUAUGAUUGUCAAACAACAUAUUAAGGAAUGUGUUAAGUUUCUUUCAGGCCCAUGGAAGUGGAUUAAGAAAACUGACAUUAACUUGAGAAAGCAAAGUCUAUUUAAAAAUAUGUCUUUAUUCCAUUUGUCUGCUCCCUGGAAGACAUGGAGUCUGUACCAGAUAAUUUACCAACUGUUUCUCAAUUGCAUAUUUGUGUGUGUGUGUGUGUGUGUGUUUGUUUUUGGUGCACCAAGAGACAGCUUUCACAUCCCCACAAAUAGGACAAGAGGGGAAUGGAUAAGAACAAAUAUUUGAAUAUUUUAUUUGUUAAAUGACCACAGCUUUUAUACUGACUGCUAAAACUUGUAGUUUUUAAACUCAAUAGGUUAAAAGAUACUUUCUGGCAUUAGAAUAACCUGUGAAACUUCUUGUUUUGAAAGAAACCAAUAGUCCACCCACCCCAGAGAUUAUGAUUCAAAACAUUUGUUGUGCAAACUGGACAUCUUAAAAAAAUAUCUGUAUAGAGCCCCUGAUAAAGACAUACAGGAUAGGAGAAGAUAUUCCUGAGUAUAGCAAAGUCAUGUAAUAUGAAUGCUUGCGAGAAUCUGAAAAUUAGCCUAGGCAUUAUACAUUAAACUAUUCUCAAGCUGUAGCCCUGAAAAAGGAUUCAUUACUCCCAUGUGCAGAUAUUUGGAAAAAAAAACCCCAACAUGCUAGGUUACUAUAUUACAAGUUUGAUGGAAUCUUGUCUCAAAAAGUAGAGAAAAUUAUAAAGCUAUUUUUAAAACAUUGUAAAAAAAUAAAGGCUAUGUCUUGAA